AUGGAAAUCACUCAGCAUGCUAAAUACACAUGCUCUUUCUGUGGAAAGGACCGCGUAAAGAGAACUGCUGUUGGCAUUUGGGAAUGCCGAGGAUGCAAAAAAGUUAUAGCCGGUGGCGCCUGGGUUCCCAGCACUACCACUGCUUCUGCGGUCAGAGGUACUAUCAGACGUCUUCGCGAGUUGGCUGAAAUCUAA